AUGACCAAAAAAACAAACAAAAUCACAAAUACAUUAUCUGUCAUGCAGCAUGACGCAUACAUACUUCUAACCAGCAAAAAACAUCCGGCCAUGGCCUUAUGCACCCUUCUUGUUCCAGAAGCAGACAGUCGCAAAUUAGACGCACUUACCGGCGAUACUAGCUGUCAAUCUCGAACCAUGGUACUUCUAAAUGUUGCACAAAAAAUCAAAGAAGAACUCACAAAAGAAAAAAAAUUGAAUACCUUCAUAGAACUAGCAAGGGAGUUUCUAAACCGUCCAACAGACGAAAAGCCACUCAAAAAAAUAAUAACCACUGACGAUGUAUUUGGCGAAAACCCGCCAUCUACAGAACUCAACAACUACCUCAAUUUUUUUCAAAAACUAAUUGGCGAAAAAGCAUUUACUACAUGUGGAUUAUGCUAUUCCAAUACUGAAAAUAGCCUUUUCUUCGUAGAUGAAAACGGAGGCUACUUCUCCGAUAUUACCGAUUUAGACUACAAUGUCGAAACACCACAAUCUAACCACCAGUCCUCGACACUCAACCAACAAACUUAUGUCUUGCGCGCUGCAUUAGGUUCUAACUGUACUGAUCUUAUCAAAGAAUGCGCGCUUAAUGCAGCCACGCAUAACUUCAACAAACUUACCGAACGUGAAAGAAGUUCAGUCCACGAGACCUUUGAAGACCAACUAGCAGCAGCAAUUUUCCAGGUUACUUCUCACAUUCCACAAAAAGAAGGACCUGCUAUUCCGCUGCAAGCUAUUGUGCCACAAACGCUCGUCGUCCUACAAAAUGCUUAUCGAAAAAGACAUCCCAUUAACGUCAGGAUCCGACGUAUCAUGAUGACCCCCAUUGAACAUACGCAAACACAAAACGAAAAAAGCCAUCCUCCACAAGAGUUCAACUACAUGAUUACAAAUGCCCGUACCUUCAUAGGAAUGACAAACAAGAAGACAUCCCGCUUUAAGCUCACCAGCUCUAUUCCAGAGGAACAGCAAGAAACAUUAGGAAUGUGCUUCGAUCUUUUUAGUUACUACAUCAAAAACCAGAACGGUACAGGGCUAUCAAGUGCCAAUGACAGCGAGUAUUACGCCGAAAUUGAAAGCGAUAAUCUAGAUCCCGUUUGGGCCUUGCUCCUACCUAGUCUAAUUGCCCACAGCCCCUUCAGCGGUUAUGCGAACGACAAAAGUACAAACCAUGACGCCUACUACAAAACACUUUGUCCACCAGCAAAAGCACAAAAAUAUGACCGUAUACAAAACUAUUCCUUUAGACUCGAGGCUCCUAAUGGUGAAGACAACAGGCCAUCACUGUACGAACUGAUUACCUCCUGCCGAGAGCUCAUGGCUAAAUAUAACCUUGGCGAUAUACGCGAGUUCCAUAGAGAUGAGACUGCCCGAGGUGCUUACGAGCGCCGAAAGAAGCCGCAUCAAGCCGCAAUUCGCCACAUCUGGAUUGGUUCUUACAGAGAGGUCAAAGCCGAGGGCGAAAAAUUUGUCCACACUCGUGUCGCGCAUCCUGACAUCAUCUGUCGCGGUCCGCUCUUCCGCAUGGGCGAAAGAUCUGCCAGCUUCAAGACAAUGUCGGAAGUCGAAGAAUUCUUAAAAGUACGCAGAAGCAGCUCCAAGCGAGCCAAGAAGAUGUACAAGGCAAGUUAUCCUAAGAAUUGGUCAUUUCUUGUCGCUACUGGCCAAGUCAAUCAGUAG